CAACUACCUGAUGAAGGACUAUUGGAAUUAAUACCACAACAAAGGACAGAAGAAACUUUUGAUCUUCAUGGAAACAAAAGAGAUGAUUCUGCCAGCAGUGUUCCUGUGUUUCACAGCUGUGCUGCCUCCGUCCACUGGACAGGAAACUGCAGCUCUCAAUGCUCUGUCAAGCAGCAGAGCAGAGCAGCAGAAAUUGAUUGUUGACAGACAUAAUGCCCUCAGGAGAGGAGUAAAACCAACUGCCAGCAACAUGAUGAAGAUGGAAUGGUGUCCUGCAGCUGCAGAGAAUGCCCAAAAUUGGGCCAAUCAAUGUAAUUUAAGGCACAGUCCUCCUAACCUGAGGAGAACCAAUGUUCAAUGUGGUGAAAAUCUCUUCAUGUCCUCUGCCCCGUUCUCAUGGUCAGAUGUUCUUCAGACCUGGUACAAUGAGGAGAAAAAUUUCGAAUAUGGAACUGGGGCAAAACCAAAAGGUGCUAUGUUUGGCCAUUACACUCAGAUGGUUUGGCACAAUUCUUAUAAAAUUGGAUGUGGUUUUGCUUUCUGCAGCAACACUACGUACAGUUACUUUUAUGUCUGCCAGUACUGCCCCGCGGGAAACCUAAUAGGUUCAAUGAAGACACCCUACAAGGAAGGAGAGCCCUGUGGGGAUUGCCCCAAUGCUUGUGAGGAUGGACUAUGCACCAAACCUUGAAAGUUUGAAGAGACUUUUGUCCAACAUUCCUGGCAAAGUGUCCAGGGUGUGCCCAGAGCUUGGUCAAGUCCACUGCUCUGCUCCUGUCGAUGCAAAACUGGAAUAAAAUGAGGUUCAACAUGGAUAUUCAUCUCCUUAAUGAAUUCUUCCACAAACACUGAUUCCAUCCUGCCUCUCCAACAUGUGCAGAAGGACUGACUUCAGUACAGUGACUCAUACAAAAAAAGUCUGUAGGUGAUGUACAUAUUCUAUUUAUAUAAUGGUCCAGAACAUGGUAGAAAUCGUAAUUUAUUUUUUUUGUUUCUUUGCAAGAUAUAUCUAAUAUAUAUUAGCUAUUAUUAUUACCUAAUUUAGAUAGCUAACAGAUAGCUAGAUAUAUUAUUAGCUUUUAUCAUCUUAUUAGCUUUUAUCUAGCUAAUAGAUAGCUAGAUAUAUUAUUAGCUUUUAUCAUCUUUCUUUUCCCAAAAUGUUAUCGAAUAAACAUUUUUUAAAGGUCUGUCGUUCCAUAUGUUUAUUUUGUUCUUGGAAUAGAUGGAUAGUGCUUGGUCAUGUGACUGCUUUUAACUUGAUUGAAAAUUUAAACUAUUGUACUGUUAACAGGACCAGAAGAUAAACAGGAUUGCUUGAAAUAUGUAAUUCUUAAAAGAAAUUAGGAGAACAGAGCAGUUUCCUGUAGAUCUAUUCUGGUUUAGAAUCUGUUGCUGACAUAUGUUCUACUGUAAAAUGCUCAGUUGUGAAAAAACCACAAAAAAUACCCCCAAAAAACACACCAAAUGUAGUUAAUUUAAAUUAAGAAUCCUGUUUAUAGUGUAAGAUUGCAUUUAAAUACAGGUAACCAAACCUGCCUUGUAAAGAAAAAGGACUGUCUGAGAAAAGAGCUUAAUUCACAGUAACAGAUAGUCAAAAGGGGGAAGGUCCCUGCAUUUGGGAACUUUCUUUUUCAUAACAAGUAGACAUGUGUUUUAUUUUUUUUUAAUAUGUUCUUUCACUGUAUCAGUCAUUAAAUUACUCAUUCCUCACUGA